AUGGAUCCCGCCUCGGAUUCCCCGACGGAAGUCGACCCAGACGUCGCGCCAAACAGCGUUGAGAAGCCCACAACCGAGCCGGCGACUGAGCCAACGCCCGACAUUGCAACAGACGACGCGACGGACUUGGCCCAAAUCAUGGCUGAGAUAGUGAUGGAACCGAAUGCUGAUGUCAAGUCCCAACAAGCUUCUCAAUCUACUCACGAGUCCACCGCCCAGGCUUCUGCGAAGUCGCCUUCCGCUGCCGAGACUCCUCUCCCUCCGAGCCCCCGACCCUUGCCUGGCUUUCGAUACAGUUCUAUUUUCCCAAGAUUACUUGUGCCUAUCGAGCGAAGCAUUGCCUCUGAUCUGAGGACAUCGUUCGGCGACGGAACUCCUCUCGCAACGGAAGCUCCUGCGGUAGUCACUGAGGACUCGACGGCCGCUCUCUCUGACGCAUCUGAUGACGAUACUGCCUCAUUCCACACCGCGCCACUUCACCAGAGGGGUGAUGAUCUACUUGGUCCUAAGCUGACGACCUUUUACGAGAUCAAGAAGUUUCGAAACCGAGACUUCUCCAAGCAACAGCGUCGCAUUAUCGACGCAUUGGACCUCACCUUGCGACCUGGCGGUGGAGAGGCUGCGUCUGAAGUCGCCGCAGAGAUUGAUCGACUUUGCCCGCCCAAAAAGGAGGAGGAUGGCGUUGAAGACUGGCUGUGGAUGCUGUGGGAGACUGUCAUCGACAUCGUACGCUUUGGCUCAUUCGAAGUUGGCGACCUCAUGCACAAAGUCGUUUGGCACUUGCAGAAGCGUGCGGCAAGAUAUGUGAAGAUUGAAGGUGUGGAAGAACGUCUUUGGACAGACCUUCCCAUGUUUUCGUACUGCAUGGAAGCUCACUUCAACGAUCCAACCACGGGAGACAUGGAGUCAAGCUGCGAAGACAAAGAUGUCUGGGUCCAUUUAAAUUGGUUUGCAGCUCAAUGUCUGCAGGGUGGUUUUGGCGGACCGUACCACCACGCCAUCCACGCCAUGAGAUCGGCUCUCGAGGAAGAGAUGAGCCCAGACAGUUUCACUAUUCAAUGUCGGCUGUUUGUCGCCUGUUCUUGGAUGAUGCUGGCAGGCAAAAUCAUUCUGAGAAGGGCACGGGAAAAUGCUCGUCGAGCGGAACAUCCAAAGGAAGAUUCGAUGGAUUUCGAAGAGCCGGGACCUCUAUAUCACGGCCCCCCGAUGCUGUGUUCACAGCGAUGGGAUUUCUGGGUCCAGAGGCUGAAGCAAUUGGGCAUGGAACUUCCGGAACAUAUCGGGAGCAGUGCAUGCUCCACGUGGCGGCAGAUGAAGUGGGCUGAACAGGAUACUGAUUACUGUUUGACAGACUGGGACUAA